GACCCCGCCAAAAUUUAUCAGCAAUCGCCGACUCUUCAAUAAGGCACCGUAGAAAUGUUCUUUGCCUGAUUUCGAGUUGACCGACCGCCUUGGACAACGGAAUCAAUCCCCUCCAGCCCCAUCCGAGCAACCCAACCUGGUUGUCUGCCCAUUUACUUCGCCCACGCCACACCACGCAGGGCAUCACCAUGUGCAAGCACAUUCUCAACGCCCAAGUCGCGAUCCGGUCGCCCUGCUGCAAAAAAUGGUUCGACUGCGCCGAUUGUCACCAUGAGCAGGAGAAGCACCCCCUGAUGCAGAGCGUCGAGAUGGUCUUCGCCUGCAAGAAGUGCAAGAAGUGCUUCCGCAAAGAUGCAGCCGAGUUCGAGGAGUCUGACGAGUACUGCCCACACUGCGACAACCACUUCGUCAUCGAAGCCAAGACGCCCAAGGCUGCCAUCUCCGUCGAGGGCGAGGACGCACGCAAGGACAGCCGGAUGAUCAAGGACGAGCGUGUCCGGCAGAUUGCCGGGCGAUCAAUAUUCGACCCGACCGACGACGCAGACAAGCUCGGUUAAAUGUUUUUUUUGGCGGGUGUCUUUUUGCGGUUGGAUUACGAACAUGAGUGUGGCAGCAAGCGAUUUCAAGGACACAGUCUUUGUAGAUUCCCCGCGACGUCCAAGUCUAAAG